AUGUUAUUUGAAUACAGUUCAAGCUCAGAAUCUGCUGAUGAAAAUCCAUACGGAGAAGUUGAUCGAAUGGUUGACGAUUUUGUCACUCAUCACUUACCAAACACAUUCUUUCCACGAGGUCCUAGACUUCGAAAUGCGAAUGAUACCAUUCCGAUUCCAGCAGAUAGAAACCAUGAAGAAGGGCAUAGCCGCUUGUUUAAUGAUUACUUUGCGAAAAAUCCAAGAAGAAAUGCUGCCGGAAAAUUAGGGUUAUCAGGAUUGCAAAAAUGCACUGCGGCUAUCAGAAUGUUAGCGUAUGGUUUGGCUCCGGAUGCAAUUGAUGAAUAUCUGCGAAUGGGUGAAACAACUUCAAAAAAAUCAUUAUUACAUUUCACUCAAGGGGUAAUCAAGCAUUUUGAAGAGGAUUACCUAAGAAGUCCUACAGAUGAAGACUUAAGGAGGAUCCUUUAUCAAAAUGAAAUGUGCGGAUUUCCAGGCAUGAUCGGUAGUAUUGAUUGUAUGCACUGGGAAUGGAAGACCUGUCCUACUGCAUGGAGAGGUCAAUACCAAGGACGCAGCGGGAAAGCGUCCCUAAUUCUUGAAGCUGUUGCAGAUCAAGAUCUAUGGAUUUGGCAUUCAUUUUUUGGUAUUCCUGGUUCAUCUAAUGACCUUAAUGUUCUGCACCGUUCUCCUGUUUUUGAUGAUGUUUUGACAGGUAAGGCAUCUCCUAUAAUUUUUCAGGUGAACGGACAUGAAUACAACAUGGGGUACUACCUCACAGAUGGUAUUUAUCCAAUUUGGGCUACGUUCAUUCAAGGAUUUUCUCGUCCCCAACUUGAAACGGAAAGGUUGUUUGCUAACAGACAAGCGCAUGUUCGUAAGGAUGUUGAACGUGCGUUUGGAGUUUUGCAAGCAAGAUUCGCCAUUUUACGACAACCAUCUCUGGCUUACGAUGAAGAUAUAUUAGGCGAUAUAAUGAACGCUUGUAUCAUCUUACACAACAUGAUAGUUAAGGAUGAACGAGAUAUGUAUGUCCGAGCUGAUGUGUUACGAAGGUACUAUGAAGAAGACCUUUCGAGCUUAACCGCAACAGUGAAUAAUGGUAAACCCUUUGAGUUCCAGAUUGGACAACCCUUCUCCAUUAACGCAUUAUUGGGGAGAAUAACAGCUUUGCGUAGCAGUCAAAUUCAUCACUCUUUGAAAGAGGAUUUAAUUGAGCAUAACUGGCAAAAAUAUGGAGGCAAUAAUCAUUAA